CAUUUUAGAUAUAAAUAUUACAUAAAUAUUUUUAAACGAGAUAAAUUUUAUGACAUCUAACGGAUCUUAUACAUCCUUCAACGGCCAACGGAAACAACCUGAUUCCUGACACGUCUAAGCCGACAAGAAUUUAUGAUCUUAUCAACUCAAUAUCUACUUUUUUUCAGAACAGCCAAUCCCUAUGAAUUUCUUAAUAGACAAACAACGCGGACCAAGCCGCGCUUAGCCUCACAGCGUAAGAAACUGCAAGUCCCCAUUACAACAACAAUUACUUGCAUCUGAAGCAUAUAUAGAACUAUAAACUCGUUCUAACCUUUGAGAUUCAUACUAUAAAAAGACCAAAGGAUUGUUUAAUUCAGUCACACCAAAAUUGUAAUUCUUUCCCUCAUCCCUUUCAGAUUUAAGUACUUCAGCCUUUUGGAUUUUAAGCUCCAGCAUGUCGCUCGAACACCAUCAUCAUCGCCAUCACAACAUGUUCAGCCAGCAUAAGGAGAACAACGAGAAGCCAUCAACGGUCGACUACAAGAAGGAUCUGAAGCACCACAAACACAUGGAGCAUCUCGGCAAACUCGGCGUGGCAGCAGCCAGUGCUUAUGCUCUUCACGAGAAGCAUCAGGCCAAGAAAGACCCUGAACAUGCGCAUAAGCACAAGAUCAAAGAAGAGAUAGCGAUGACUGCAGCAGUAGCUAGUGCAGGUUUUGCACUACACGAGCAUCACCACAAUAAGCAAGCAAAGAAGGAAGCCAAGAGGCAUCAUCACCAUUAGUACAUCAGUGGCCAGUUACAGAACUAUUGCUUUAAUAAUUUAUAUACAUGUGGAAUAUUAUCGAUGUAUUUGAUUGAUUCAUAUGUAGUUUAUGAUUUUUUAUUCA